AUGAAGGAGAUCCUAGUCCCUUCAGUUGCUAACAAAUUCAGACUGUUCAAGUCUAAAGAUAUCAUGAAGUACAUGGGGAAGACUAAGAUAUGCAUCCCACAGCCUAUCCACUCGCAUGAGAAUUUCUCUGGGCCUGACAACACUUUCUUCCUGUUCCUUUCCAGUGAAACUCAGAAGCUGCAGGGUCUCAUCAAGCUAGAUGCUGAGAUAAAGAAGGAUAAGAACAAGGAAAAGCCAAAGUAUAAAUUUAAGAUUGGCGCUAAAGACUUCAAAUACACAUGGAAGAUUCUCUGUGACUGUGACGAAGAGCUAGCUCUCUUCCCAGAUGACAGCAUCUCUAAACUCACACAGAAGCAAGCUGCUGAUUACGUCACUAAGAUGCUUCGUAGUGAGAUUGAAGAGGAAAACAGGGUUGUCGACCCUGAACAAGAGCCUACAAAGUUCAUCAAAUCAAUAAAAUGGAUGAACAAAGAUCUUAAAACAUGGAUCACAGAUGAGAGGAUCUUCCCUGACAUAAGUCAUCAAGGCAAUCAGGAAGAGAGCAAAGAUCCGAAAGCAGACCCUAAUCGUAAGAACUCAGCUGUCGAUGAACAGGACUUUUACGAUGAUAUUGAGAUGGACCAGCAAAAACACACCAACCUCAAGCCACAAGAAGAUUCCAGAGGUCAAUCAGACCAUGAACGAAGAGCUCCAGAACCCAAGUCAGGAGCAGGUGGUCGGCAGAAAUAA